CCGCGACGCGCAGGGGCCAGUGCCGACCACGACCACCACACGGACGCGGGCGCGAGCGCGAAGGAGCUGAGCUGAGCUGAGCCCGGCAGCACUGCCUGCCGCCGGCCAUGUCCACGCCUCGCCGCCGCCUGGUCACCACCGCAUCCCCGUCGCUCCGCUUCCUCGGCCUGCUCAAGCAACCCGACGACGCACCCAGCGCCCACGGCGGCGUCCAGGAGCCGCUGGAGCUCGACGAGCGCGACGUCGUCUGGUCCUCCUCCUCCUCCUCCAGCGCGGCCUCCUCGCCGUCCCCGACCCCGUCCCCGUCCUCGUCCUCGUCCGCCAGCAGCCUCCGGAGGCCGAUCUCCACGUCGUCGCGCCACUUCCCCGGCGCAGGCAGCAUGGGCCUGUCCGCGCUCCUCGCCGACGACAACCACCACCACGCGCUCACCACCGCGCCCGUCCCGGCCGUCGCGCGCCCGGAGAGACAGCACGCGCCGCAGCCGUACCACCAGUCGGCCCCCAUGGCCGUGCCGGCCUGGCCCAAGGCGAUGACGGCGGCGGACAGGCGCCGCCGGGAGGCGGAGCUGCAGACCGCCGCGUACUUUGACGACGACGAUGACGACAGCGAGCCCGUGGUGCCGCCGCAUGAGAUGGCCGCGCGCCGCGCCGCGGCGGCGGCGUCGGUGAUGGAAGGCGCCGGCCGCACGCUCAAGGGCCGCGACCUCCGGCGCGUGCGCAACGCCGUGUGGCGCACCACCGGCUUCCUCGACCUGUGAAAAAGGACGUCCCUUUCCUUUGGAGGUUUUCGUCUCGUUUCCUUCUCUGGCCACGUCACUCUACUCCACUCCACUUGAGAGCUGCCUCGGACCUUGGCAGCUUCUUGUUGCGUUGCAUAGUGCUGUGUAAGCCAGCCAGCUGCCAGGCACUGAAAAUGCCAAAAAGGUGGGCGUUUCAUUACUAGUUCUACUAGGGGCGCUAUAUGAGGUGUAUUUUUUGUGGAGGUAGCUGCAGCUGCUUCAGUAUUUUUCCCUGGAAGAAAACUACUGUGAUCAGACUGCAACUAGUAUGUUCUAAGAUCUCUGCAACUCUUUGACAAAGAGAUUUUCUCGGAAGAUGAUGCAGAAUAGCUAAAACAGUUCUGUGUAGCAGACAGAGCUCAUGUUAAUAUUAAUAAAACCUGUGGUCUAGUGUGCAGAAGUGCAAAAUAGAGAUGUGGUGUGUUCAUAGAUUUUGUAUACCACUGUGGCUAAUAGAGUGGCUAUAUCUAUAUGUCCAAAUUCCAAAUAACGCAUC